ACACAUCCCCACUCAUAUAUAUAUAUAUAUAUAUACAGGCUAGCUCACCGCCGCCUCUCAGCUACUGCCUGCUAUUCAUUCCUGUCACCCAGUACGGAGAGGAGAAACAGAUUAUUUUCCUGCUGUGAGAAACUGGUCACAGUAAGAUCCUGCAUCUGUAUGUGGUCUGCUGCAUCAUAAUCUGAGUGACAUCAUGAACAAGCUUCUGGUCAUCACUGUGCUCGUCACUCUUCUGGGCCUCAAUGCUCAGGACCUCCGUCUGCCUAGGCAAGCUGAGGAGGGUAUGCCUGAGGAACCGGUCGCUGAUGUUGCCGAGGCUGAUGGAGAGCAGGGAACCCUGGAAAAGCUGACCAGCGCCGUCAAGAGCUACUACGAAACAUCCAUCAGCACCGCCUCUAGCUGGCUGGACAGCAUCAAGGGCUUGAAGCUGGAGGAGAAGGCCAAGAAUGCCUUUGUUGACACCAGCAUGGCGGUGAGCACCUACUCUGGCAUCCUGCAGGACCAGUUCUACCACAUCUUAUACCAACAGUAAAGACCCUUCCUUGUUUCCCUCUAUGUCCCCAACGUCCUCAAAAUGCCUUGGUGAGGAUAGCGUCGCAGCUGUGGGCCCCUACUCUGUCAUCCUGGAGCCUCCGAUCAGCUUCACCAGACCUCCAACCCUCGGUGACGUCCCCCUGGAGUCUGUGUAGAUUGAAAUGCAGUAUUAUUUAAUGUCAACAUUUUACAUUUUAGUCAUUUAGCAGAUGCUCUUAUCCAGAGCGACUUACAAUUAGUGCAUUCAUCUGUUGUUGUUUUUUAUGUCAACGUAUCUUGUAAUAAAAACAUGCGUUUGUAGAAAACCAGUAAACCCUA